AUGCAAAAUUUCUUGACAGCAUGGAAGAUGGAUCCAUUCGGAGAGCCUAUCUUCGCUGAGGGGUCACCCCAGAAGGUUGCUAAUCCAUUUGAUUAUGGAGGAGGCCUUGUGAACCCAAACAAGGCAGCAGACCCUGGUCUCAUAUAUGACAUGGGCACAGAAGACUACAUUAAGUACCUUUGUGCUGUUGGCUACAACACCUCAGCUAUCUCUCAACUUGUUGGACAAACCACAGCUUGUUCCAUGGUCAAGCCUUCUGUUCUGGAUGUGAACCUGCCUUCCAUUACAAUUCCAAAUCUGAGAGAAAAUAUUACACUCACCAGAAGUGUCACAAAUGUUGGUCCAGUCAACUCAGUAUACAAAGCUAACAUAGACCCUCCACCUGGCAUCAGUGUAGCCGUUAGGCCUGAGACUUUGGUCUUCAACUCCACCAUUAAAACAAUCUCUUUCACUGUUGCAGUUUCCACCACCCACCAAGUGAACACAGGAUACUACUUUGGAAGCCUCAUUUGGACAGAUGGGGAGCAUUUGGUGACAAGUCCCAUAUCUGUUAGAACACAAAUCAUUCAGUAUUAUACAGAUGGCAAUUGA